AUGGCUGCCACAUCUCUUCUGCUCCUGCUGUUCACUCUCCUGCCCACUCAAGGGCUCACAGGUAAGACCAAACUUUACCUAUCACUUCAACCUAUCACAUGUCCACUCACACUUCCACUCACUCUGGCAGUUACCAGAGGAUGACAUUUGACCCUCUAAUCAUGGACUGCAGAAAACUGCAAAGUGACACUGAUUUGGUUGUAUGGCAAGAGCAUAACAACUCACAAGAUGAUCACAAAUUAUAGUCUUUGAAUUCUAGUAGAUUAAAGACCACUGUUGUUUAUUUGGGUUUCAUUGGGGGUAUCUCUCUGUCUCUACCAGCCCACCAGGACUCUGGCAUUGUGAAUGGAGAAAAGACCAAAAGCAACUCUAAACACUACAUGGUCUCUGUGCAGGAGAGGAACAAGGAAACGGGAAAGGAGGAACAUAUCUGUGGAGGGUUCCUUGUGUCAGAUAAUUUUGUCAUGACGGCCGCUCACUGCUACACAUGGUAAUUGUGUUUUACUCUUAUCCUAUUGAACUUUGAGUGAGAAAAUGAAUUCUACAACUUUAACUACUCACACCAAGAAGUCAUACGUGCAGAUUUGCUUUAUAACAGGGGUGUCAGACAAAUUUUGCCCCGGGGCCACAUUCAGUCUACAAUGAGGUCCGGAGGUCCGCACAGUAAAUGUGUUAUAUUUCCUUCGCCGUCAAAAUGUGCAAAAAAUUGCAAAACACAGUUUCCGAUACUCCCUGACUGUCUAGCUUUAAUUUGGGUGAUUAUUAAAUUAAAUUAGGUUUUAGUCAUUUUAAAGUUUGUUCCCCCCCCAUUAAAAAAAAAGCAUUAUUCAUAUUAUUGUAUUUUCUAUAAAUAUUUUUACACUAACCACUCCACGUGCCAGAUUGGACUCCCUUGCUGUAGAAUGUUCUGUGUGCUUAGAUGCUCAGUGAGUAGUGUGUUGUUUCCUCUUCAUAGGGGUGUGCUAUAUGGAAGUAAGUCAAAGCUUAUAGAGGAAAGGAAGUACAAUAGCUCCAGUGAUAUCCUCCAAGUUAGUGGAAAAUCACAAUCUAUAUUUUCAGUGAACUAUUGCCAUUCAGUAAUUGUUACUUUGUCCUCGUAGUGGUGUGCAGCUGACGGUUGUGGUUGGUGUUCAUAACAUUAAAACGUGGGAACAUUCAGCUCACAGGAUUGGUGUGAAAAGUUAUUACAUCAAUGGUUACGAUGCCAAAACGGACAAGAAUGACAUCAUGCUGUUGGAGGUAAAUGAGAGGGGAAGUAAUGAAGUGUGUGUAGGGGGUAACUAGAGUUUGUUAUAAAACCUAUUUAAAUCAGGUGUGAUGUAUAUGAUGUUGUAUGAUUACCUUCCCAGAAGGGAAUUGUGUAGCAUACAAAUACUUAACCCAUUUAAUUUAUAGUUCAUUUGGGAAUCUACAGUACUUGCUUUAUUGGUCCAUUUGCAGGGAUAUUCUUUAUUUCUUUCUGUCACAGUACCCGACCUGACACACAACACAUGGGACUCUAACUGCAAUCCUGUACUCUAAAUGCAGCUCAAGACACCCACCCCAAGGCGGAGUUCUGUGAAGCCGAUCCCGGUCCCUAAGAAGGACCUGCACAUCAAGGCUGGGUCCAUCUGUAAUGUGGCAGGAUGGGGAGCCACUGAAACAAAUGGCUUUGCAAGCGCAGACCUAUUGGAUGUGAAUGUCACUGUUGUAGACAGAGGUGACUGCCAGAGAACUUGGGGAAGAGCCAUACCCACUUCUAUGAUAUGUGCCGGUGGUACUGCUGAUGAGAAAGGCAUUUGUCAGGUACGGUUAUAAAGUAUAGUUAAUUCUGAAAUUAUUAAUAAAAGUAAUAUACAGGUAUAUUAUAUGAUAUAAAUAUAUACACUGAGUGUUCAAAACAUUAGGAACACCUUCUGCCCUCAAAACAGCCUCAAUUCGUCGGGGCAUGGACUCUACAAGGUGUUGAAAGCAUUCCACAGGGAUGCUGGGCCAUGUUGACGCCAAUGCGUCCCACAGUUGUGUCAAGUUGGCUGGAUAUCCUUUGGGUAGUGGACCAUUGUUGAUGCACAUGGGAAACUGUUGAGCGUGAAAAACCCAGCAGCGUUGCAGUUCUUGACACACUCAAAUUGGUGCGCCUGGCACCUACUACCAUAUCUCUUUCAAAGGCACUUAAAUCUUUUGUCUUGCCCAUUCACCCUCUGAAUGGCACACAUACACAAUCCAUGUCUCAAUUGUCUCAAGGCUUAAAAAUCCUUCUUUAACCUGUCUUCUCCCCUGAUUGAAGUGGAUUUAACAGGUGACAUCAAUAAGGGAUCAUAGCUUUCACCUGGAUUCACCUGGUCAGUCUAUGUCAUGGAAGGUGUUCUUAAUGUUUUGUACACUCAGUGUAUGCAUAUAUACACUACAUGACCAAAAUAUGUGGACACCCCUUCAAAUUAGUGGAUUUGACUAUUUCAGCCACACCCGUUGCUGACAGGUGUAUAAAAUCAAGAGCCCUGUCCUCAACCCAAUCGAACAACUUUGGGAUGUAUUGGAACGCCGACUGCGAGCCAGGUUUAAUCGCCCAACAUCAGUGCCGGACCUCACUAAUGCUCGUGGCUGAAUGGAAGCAAGUCCCGGCAGCAAUAAUAAUAUUAAUAAUAUGCCAUUUAGCAGACGCUUUUAUCCAAAGCGACUUACAGUCAUGCGUGCAUAAUUUUUUUUGUGUUUAGUGGGAUCGAACCCACUACCUUGGCGUUACAAGCGCCGUGCUCUACCAGCUGAGCUAGAGGACCACAAACAGCAAUGUUCCAACAUCUAGUGGAAAACGUUCCCAGAAGAGUGGAGGCUGUUGUAGCAGCAAAGGGGGGACCAACUCCAUAUUAAUGCCCAUGAUAUCGGAAUGAGGUGUCCACUCACCUUUGGCCAUGUAGUGUAUAUAUAUAUAUAUAUAUAAAAUACUUGUUUUUCAAAUGUAGAGUAACUGUUUCUUCACGUCUUUGUUUCAACCAUUCAUUUCAGGGAGAUUCAGGUGGUCCUCUGGUGUGUGGAGGGACAGCAGUGGGAGUUGUGUCCUUCAACGAUGCAGACUACUGCAACCAGUCGAGAGCACCCAAUGUCUACACCAACAUAUCAACCUAUCUCCCCUGGAUCAAGAAAGUCACUGGACUUAAAUCAGUCAACUAA